AUGGUCGGUUUUCAAUAGACAGGUUCGUAUACACUAGGUUAAAUUUAAUCUAAUACCACAUGCAUUUUGAUAAUUGUUUAUCUAACCAUUUAAAAUAUAAACAUGUUGGAAUUUUGUUUGUUUGGAUUAUUGUUGAUUCUUGUGACAUUUUUGUUUAUCCGAAAAGGUGAGCGGAGAGUGGGCAAUGUAAUCCCUGGACCAAAGGGCCUUCCUUACUCUGGGAGCCGUUUUGAAAUGAACUUCCUCAAUAUGUAUGGAAAGUGUAUAAAUUAUGCUAAGACUUAUGGGGAUAUUUUUCAGGUCAAGCUUAUGAGUAAUCGAAUAAUUGUAAUAAAUUCUGAGCGAUUAUUCCGAUUGGCAACGACAGGGGAGGAAUAUAAGCUAUAUCUUAAUGAUAGGCCAGCUUCAUUUUAUGGAGAAACGUUUUUGAAUGGAUCACAAUGGGCUUCACUUCAUACAAACGGGUCAAUCAAGGAGCAUGCUCCAUACAGGAAAAUGUUUGCAAGAUUCAUUAGGGAUGCUAAGGCCGAGGAAAGACCUCUGUUUCUGGACAAGAUAUCAUGCAAAAAAGGUGUUGAUUUCGAGAUUGUUUCAGAGCUGAAAAGCUCCUUGGCAACGACAAUUUGUAGCAUAUUGAUUGGCAAUGAUUUUAAUGAGCGUGAUCCAAAAUUGGUGGCAGAGUUUAUGGAUAUUACGGAUUACCUUUUGCCAUCAUCCGACGUGAAUGACGCAGUACAGGCAUACCCCUGCUUACGCAUUUUUACACCAACAUAUAACGUUAAGUUUCAACGAGCUUCCGCAAUAAAGUACGCCAUAAUGAAUGUGUAUGUUAAACAACAGAAGGAAAAAAUUGUACCCGGUGUUGUCAGAGGAAUAGUGGAUCAGUCCCUGCAAGAACAAAUGGAAGACAUAAAAGCUGGCCGGGAACCACUUCUCACCGACGAUAAAAUAUUUUAUCAAGUAUUAGAAGUAAUGGAAGCAGGUUUGGUAGCAUGGUGGACUUUCCUGUCAAAUGCGCUUCUCUGUCUGCUAAAUCAUCCAGAAUAUCAAGACAAAAUGUUUGAAGAACUAGAGCGAGUUGUAGGGCAUAAAAGGGAUGUAAAACUGAGUGAUAAAUCUCAGUGUCCAUUUACUGAGGCGGUUGAGCUAGAAGUUCAUCGUUAUCUACCAGUUGUUCCUUUUCUAGAUGCUAGAUUUUGUGGAGUUGACUUAAACUUUGAAGGGUACGAUUUACCAAAAGACAGUAUAAUACUUGGAAAUAUAUGGUUCAUUCAUCAUAAUGAAACUAUAUUCGAAGAUCCAUGGAAAUUUAGACCGGAAAGAUGGCUUGAGGAGGAUGGAAAACUAAUAAACAAGAACCAUGUGUACAGAAAAAAUUUGAUUCCUUUUGGCUCUGGUUCCCGAAAAUGUCUAGGGAGUCAUUUAUCCUCAUCAAUUUUGUUCAUGCAUUUGUCGUCAAUAUUCAGACGUUGGAAAUGUGUGUCUCCGCCAGGUGGUACAAUGUCUUGUGAUCCUAGAGACCAAACAAAUUUUGAAAACAAGGUAACCUUACGCCCGAAACCUUUCUACGGACGUUUUGAGGAAAGAUUCUAGUAUGAUGUGUAAUCUCAAGAUAAAUGAGAUUAAUCACAGUCGUCUAGCAGUCAAUGAUAUUAUCACGUGCAUCUAGCAGUCAACGAGAUCAUCACAGGCAUCUAGCAGUCAAUGAGAUCAUCACAGGCAUCUAGCAGUCAACGAGAUCAUCACAGGCAUCUAGCAGUCAAUGAGAUCAUCACAGGCAUCUAGCAGUCAAUGAGAUCAUCACAGCAUCUAGUAGUCAAUGA